GCAUUGAUGUUUUACAGUAGGGCAUUGAUGUUUUACAACUAACAAACAGUUUGGUCCAUUCUAUGGCUUAAAAUUCUUGAUAAUGAAUUUGAAGACAAAACCAUGUGUUCCUUCAGCUGCGGAUGUCUAUCAGUAAACCCCAAUAUUCUAAUGCCCCUUCACCACUCAUUCCACAUUUCAGAGGAUAACCCACAUCACCUUCCAUCUAUAUGUACACAUAUAAGAAGUUACUCUACACCACAGCCAACACAAUUCUUGAACCUUGACAUUCUUCAUUGCCAAGCUUCCACUUCUACUAAGUCCUCUCUAUUUGUUUUGUUGUUCAUUGAGAAAAAUGGCUAUUCGUAUGCCUCGUAUUAUUCAUGCUAAACAUAUCCUCCGACAGUCUUCAUCAUCGAAGGCAAACCAAGAAGCUUCAUCAGCAGCUGUAGAUGUCCCAAAAGGCUAUGUAGCAGUUUAUGUUGGAGAGAGCGAAAAUAAGCAAUUUGUGAUUCCGAUAUCAUACUUGAACCAGCCUUCAUUCCAAGGCUUGUUAAGCCAAGCUGAGGAAGAAUUUGGAUUUGAUCAUCCAAUGGGCGCUUUCACCAUUCCCUGCAAAGAAGUCAUCUUCAUCAAUCUCACUUCUCAAUUGGGUGGAUCGUCAUGAUUCAUUAUAGAGGAAAUGCCAGGAUAUGUCAGCAAAACACAAUUUUGUAAAGAAGUAAUUACCAUUUCUAUGUACAAAAUUUUUUCUUUUCUUUUUCUUCUUCACACAAACAAUUCAUCCAUUGAGGACGUAGAGAAAAAUGUCAUCAGAACAUUAAUGUAGUUCUCUCACAUUAAAUGGAAAAUUUUCAUUGCAUUGAAAUUUCUAUUUGUAUAGCAAUAAUUAGCAUUUCUAUCAUUUUUUUUUUCUUUUCCUUUCAGCCACCGAGGAGAGAUAGAAAAUAUGAUCAGAAUAUUAUAAUUAGACAGUUAUGGAAUUCUCUCA